ACCUUUCCGAAACAAAACAAAACAAUCGUAAUCACAUUCGGCAUCGGUUAACCUGCGGGAAGAAAAAUCGGACGAAACAUGUUGCAAAAUACGAGAAAUCUAGUCGGAAAUCUGCGUUCUAUUGCCAUAAUCAGUUGUGCGCGUUUGCCCUCCAACAAUGUCCUCACAAAUACGGCACCAUACAGCACAAUGAUGUUUGCAAAUAAGAAAAACAAUCUCCUACACACGAUCGAUCGGAAAUCAAUGGCACAAACCAUUUGGAAACGGUCCAUGUUCAUCCAGACGCAAGACACACCGAACCCAGAUAGUCUCAAAUUUCUUCCAGGCGUGGCUGUGCUCGAAAAGGGACAAACGAUGGAUUUCCCGUCCGUGUCAUCGGCUCAAUGCAGUCCGCUUGCAAAGCUUCUGUUCCGUGUCGAAGGUGUCCGGUCGGUGUUUUUCGGCGGUGAUUUUGUGACCAUCUCCAAGCAGGAGGAUGCCGAAUGGCGCAUCAUCAAGCCGGAAGUAUUUGCCGUGAUAAUGGACUUUUUCGCUUCCGGACUGCCGGUGGUAACGGAUGCGAAACCCAACCCGGACACACAGAUCAACGAGGAGGACGAUGAAACGGUACAGAUGAUCAAGGAGCUGCUCGACACACGUAUCCGCCCGACCGUGCAGGAGGAUGGUGGGGACAUUAUCUUCAUGGGGUUCGACGAUGGUGUGGUAAAGCUAAAGAUGCAAGGUUCCUGUUCGUCCUGCCCAAGCUCGAUCGUGACGCUGAAGAACGGUGUGCAGAACAUGCUGCAGUUUUACAUCCCGGAGGUGGUAUCCGUAGAGCAGGUGACGGACGAGGUGGACAAGAUAGCGGAGCAAGAAUUUUCCCGACUGGAGAAACAGAUCCGCCAAAAGGACGAAGCGCCUUCAGAGAGCAAAACUUAGACGAGAAACUUAGUAACGCGUCAGUUGGAGUUACACAAUAUCUUUGUUAUUUCAUUUUAGCUUAGCAUCUGUGGUUUGUACUGUAAUAAGAAAACGCAGUAAUCAAAAAAAAAAAAAAAAGAACUGAUACUAAGAAGCUGCUCAAUCCGAA